AUGGCGCACUGCGCUAAAAAAUCUCGCUAAAGGGCUUCGUUCUUGUGACUUGUUUUAAGCACAAUUAGAUCAUUAUGCCCCGUUUUACAGUAGCUAGAAGACGUCCAUAUGCUGCAGGCGUUGUUGCUGCGUUUGGCUUGGUAUGGUUAACAUGCAAGGAUCAAUUUUAUCACAGUAACUCGUACAGCAAUUUGUUGUGGCACUACCUGGUGCCAAGUUUCCUCAAAUCUAGCAGUAGUCCUAGCCUACCGUGGAAGAAUUCUAGAGAUCCUCAGACAUCUCGAAAGCUACCUCACGUGGAGAUAAGGAGAAACGAGAAGUUUAUUCCUGUGAAUUCUGGUGUUGUUUCUCACUAUGAAAGCAACAAUUUGCCAUCCAAUGAUCCCAUGGAGGAUAGAAAUGGAGAGUACCGUGUUUCAGAUGGUUUAAUUUUUGGUGUCUUUGAUGGGCACAGCGGCUGGCAAUGUGCUGAAGAAGUCAUGAACAGAUUACCAUAUUAUACUGCGCUUUCACUUCAAUCUGAAAAUGUGCUUGACAAAACGUUUUCUAGGGUGAACCAUUUAGACAAAAAUCUAGCGUCAAGUAAAAAUGUGAAGGACAUCCUUGGGCCAAAGGCACACAUAUUUCUAGAAACGGUGAACUCUGUCAAUCAAACUGUUGAACAGCAGUUGAAAAAUGCAUAUACCUUACUCGAUGAGGAUAUUGUCUAUGAAGCGUUGCCUGAGGUUAACGGUUAUGACAAUGAGAAAAUUAUGAAGGGUUUAUCUGGUGCUUGUGCUUUAACAGCUUACAUUCACAAUAAUGAUUUGUAUGUUUCUAAUUCAGGAGAUUGCCGUGCAGUUCUUGGGUCCAGGUCCCCUGAUGGAAAAUGGCUUGCAACUUCUUUGUCACUUGAUCAAAAUGCACAAAAUAAUGAAGAGGUUGAACGUAUACGAAUGGAGCAUCCUGGAGAGGAAUUAAUCAUUUGGAAUGGCCGCUUGCUUGGGCAUCUCAUGCCGUUCAGGGCCUUUGGUGAUGUCAUAUUUAAAUGGAGUGCCCAGAUGCAUAAGGAAUUUUUAAACAAAGUUUAUGGCAGGGUUGUGAUUCCUCCACAAGUGUAUCGUACCCCACCGUACCUUACUGCUGAACCUGUCGUGGCACACCACACUUUAGAAAGUAAAGACAAGUUUCUAGUGAUUGCUAGUGAUGGUUUAUGGGAUAUGAUGAGUAGUGAUGAUGCUGUACAAUAUGUUGGCAAUGUUUUGGACAGUGGCAAUGUUUCAGGAUAUGACCAGGAUGGAAGUGUGGUGCGAUUCAAUGCUGCUAGUCAGUUGAUACAACAAGCAUUAGGUGGAGAUGAUGAAGUUAAGGUGGCCAAAUUACUUAAUGCUCCAAAGCAUGUUAGAAGAGCGGUAAGAGAUGAUAUCACUGUCACUGUUGUAUAUUUUAAAAAUCUUUAACUAGGAAAUAUUGUAAUGUUGACUUGUUAACAUUUCCAACGGGCUGUGUACCCACAGAUGCCUAUGUACCUACAAAUUUGAACAUUAUUAGUUGGUAGCCAGCCUACAUCAUUGCUUCCUGUGUGACCCAGGACAGAAACCUGAAUGUUUACAAGCCAACUUAUGUAGCGCAAAUGCAAUAGUGAUUAUCAUAACCAUUUGAAAUGGCUGUUGAAUAGUGCUUACUGAUAACCCUAUUCUAUUCAUUAACCAAUGUUUAAAUAGUUGUUUUAAAUGUUUUUGAGUUAAGCAAUUUUUGCUUAUAUGAUUAGUUUUUUUGGUCACAAUUCUAAAAAGCACAAUGUUGUCGAUACCGUGUAGUCUGAUUGCCGAGUUCACAUUACUUACCUUCUACACCAAUUAUUGGGAAAUAGUCGUUAAAACCGAGAUCUUUUUUUUUACUCUGCUUUCUUGUCACGAAAAAUAACUUUAUUUUUAAGAAAGGGCACUUUUUCUCUUUGCUAAAAAGUGUAAGUAAAAGUUUCGCAGCCUCUAGCUGUAAAGAAGUUGACACUAAUAUAAGUUGUAAUGUUCUAUAGCUUGCAACUAUUUCACUUAUAUCCAGAGUAGGC